AUGGAAUCCCAAGUCAGUGUGUUUGAGUUUCAUGGAGAAUCCAGUAACCAAGGAGAUUAUCAACAUCCGAGACCUGCCAACGAACCUAUCUACAAUAACUGUGGUGGGAUAGAUGGAGGUAAUGAUGGUGCAUCAGGGUUGCAGGAGCAUGGUUGGAGAUCAGAGUGUGAUGCGUCCACCGGGAUAGGAAGCUACCAACAUCCUAGACCGGAACCAACCGCAUUUGAACCAGAACUUUACGAAAACCAGCAGGAAAUCUCCCGCAAAGACCAGGUCAGUUCACCAGAAAACUACCAAGAACCUAAGCCUACUUACAAUGGUUGUACCCAGGAUAGUAGGUCACCCCUUCCAUCAAGGCCCAAAGUGGCACUAACGAAACCACCCCGAUAUACGAAACCUCAAUCAAAAUCACGAGAACCUAAAGGACCACCACACUACCAGACACCUUCACUGCCACACCCUACCCACAGAACAACCGAUCAAACACCAGCAUCAAAAUCAUCGCAGCCACCUUCAGACUACAAUCAACCUAAAGAAUAUACGAACGUUUCAAGUGAAAACGCGAAAAACUUAGGCGAUUGCGAAGCUACUGAGUUCGUACCAUCAAUAGAAAUGAUUCCAACUGUGACGUCAAUAUCCAAAACAUCAUCACCUAAGAUGAGCCAAAAUCAGUCAAAUCAACAGUUCCAAGAAAUGGAUAUAAAGUUCCCAGAAAGCAAGAAUAUCCAAGGUGAACCAACUGCAGCCAUCAUAACCGCCCCAUCUUUGUGUAGGGAAGAAAUGAACCGUGUUUCAAAUUAUCAACUUCCGGAAAUAGAUUUCGAGUUCUUACAAAGUAAAGACAAGACAUCAUGUUCCUCGUCGUCUCCUCCCACACCACAACCGUCGGCGAAUAUAGCACCACCAAGUUCGUUGCCAUCAGCGCUACCAUCAAGAGCACCUUCUCCAGGAAUACCAACAGCCAGGUCAACUGUUGUUCGCGGGUCAUCACCUCCAGAUUCACCAUCAGAACCAUUACCAGCGAAAUCACCAGUGAUACCACCGUGUUUACCAACUAAACCAGUUGGACCACCAAUACCACCAAAGAUGAAAUCGAUAGAUUCCCAAGUUCCACCACCUCUACCAUCAAAGACACCGCCACCAAACUCGCCAGAGAUAUCCCUCCAGUCAACAGCUUGCAGUCAACAAAUUUCACUCCAAGCAACACCUCCAUCUUUUCCCUCAAAUACAACGCCAUCACCACCGUCCUCAGGGACAACCAAACCUUCAUCAUCUUUGUAUGCUGAAUUGAAUGAGCUUGAUCGUCGAGAUGAUACCGAAGACUACCAACAUUUAACCUCGAUGACAAAGCAGUGA